UGAUCGGUUUCUGAUUUGUUUAUAUCUUUUUGUUGCGAUAGUUAAUAUGUUAUUCUGAAAGCCGCUGCAAAUCAACGCUUACUGUGAUACAACAGAGCAAAAGUUCCUCCGCUACAUACCAUCAAAAGAGACAUCAACUCUCACACAAUCACAAUUUCUAACCGGUCAACUGAUAGAUUGCCUGUCGAACUACCUAUUUACAUUCCUCAUACUUCGCCGCUACUGUCCUCGAGCAGAAAUUACACAAUCAUCCUCGUACCUCGUAUCGGUGCAAUAUAGUGCGAUAGAGCAUCAGUCUACGUUCGGUGAUUUGCUCUUCUUAUAUCCGUUUCAAUUAUCAGUUCCCACAGUUCAAUUGACGAGCAGUCAAAAAUUCACAAUCAUUCCCCCUCGAGAUGUCGUCCCUAACGAAGCUUCACAGCAGCAUUUUCCACCCAACGUUACGGAAACUCCAGUGUCAGGAUGUGGACAUUGCGGCACACAAUCUCAUGUACCCGGUGUUUUUGGUGGAAGACGAUGAAGCAAUUCAGGAGAUCACGAGCAUGCCUGGCGUAGCCAGGUAUGGUAUCACCACCCUGAAAAAGCAUCUAACCCCACUGGUCGAGAAAGGCCUGGCGUCCAUCUUGCUCUUCGGAGUGGUCGAAAAACUCCCGAAAGACCCCUCGGGCAGCGGUGCAGAUUCUGCCGACAAUCCUGUCGUCAAAGCGCUUCCCCAGCUGCGCCAGUGGUUCCCGGAUUUGCUGAUCGCUUGCGAUGUCUGUCUCUGCCCCUACACCAGUCACGGUCACUGCGGAAUCCUCACCCCCGACGGAGUGAUCGAUAACGAACCCAGCAUCCAGCGGAUGGCGGAAAUCUCGCUGGCCUAUGCGAAAGCCGGUGCCCACAUUGUGGCCCCGUCCGACAUGAUGGACAACCGCAUCUGGGCCAUCAAGAAAAUCCUCCGGGAGAACAAGAUGGAAAACACCGUCUCGGUUCUGUCCUAUUCGGUAAAGUUCGCUUCCGGCUUCUAUGGCCCGUUCCGGGAUGCGGCCAAGUCGGCACCGGCUUUCGGAGACCGCAAGUGCUACCAGCUGCCACCGGGAUCGAAGGGGAUUGCCAAACGGGCAGCGAAACGAGACGUCGAAGAAGGCGCUGACAUGUUGAUGGUUAAACCGGGCAUGGCUUACUUGGACAUAGUCAAACAAGUCAAGGAUGAUUAUCCGGAACUGCCACUGUUCAUCUAUCAGGUCUCCGGCGAAUACUCGAUGCUGCUGAACGCCGGCAAAAUCGGUGCCUUCGAUUUGCGAACCGUCCUGUGGGAGGUGCUGAUUGGGAUGCGUCGUGCCGGAGCAGAUUGCAUCAUCACGUAUUUUACGCCCACACUGCUGGAUUGGUUGUGAUGGCUGUCUAAUGACAAAACUGUGCGAUGUAACUGGAAAUCCAAUCAAAGGGGAAGUUACUGUAAUCUGAUCGACAUGAGUGUUAGAACUUGGAAGCGAGUGUAGGUGUAGGGUGUGAUUUGUGUGAAGAUUCAAAAUCAGUCGUAGUUCUGUGCAAUGGUGCAAACAUUUAAAAUGACAAUAAAGACAUCAUAGCAA